AUGGACAUCGUCCGCGUCAGCUGGGUCCUCCACCCUAUUAGUACCGCCCGCGCCCGCGCCCGCCCGCAGUUAUCCGAACCCUCCUCCUGCGCGACAACCCCGCUCGACAAGCAGACAGAUCUGAUCCAAGUGUGCAUCGACUUCCGCCACUACACCAAGGGAACACAGACGACGGCCCGAUUCUGGGACCGGGUGGCUGAUGACUUCCGCCAGGUUUUGGGUCGGACCACCAUGACCCCCGCGGCGGUCGAGCAAGUGGUCCGCGCGAUCGAGGACGACUACGUGCGUUGGGUCGAGGCGUGGGGGCAGGGCCGGGCGGCGGACAGGGGUUCGGAGUACGAGGGGUGGUUGGGGAUGUGGUUGAGGGGGCGGGAUGGGUUUUAUGCGAAAAUCGCGGCGGCGCGGGAGGAGGAGGAGGAAGAGGCGCAAGAGCGCCGCGAUCAACUAGCCAUGCUUCGUAUGCCUCAUGAGAAACGUCGCUUUAUGGCCUCCAAGGCCUCCGAGGCCUCCGACGAGGUGCCACACAAAAGACAGAGGCGCGCAAACCCGGAAGAAUCUGAGAGGGCGCGCUUAUUUCGCGUGAUUGCUGACUCGUUGGAAGCUGAAAGCUCUUCCGAGCGCAAAGUGAAAGAGAUGGAACACGAGAUGAAAACCAUGCAGCACAAGUUGGAUAGGAUGAACCACAAGAUAGGCCUUAUUCUAAAACAUAUCAAAAAAUAG